AUGACUCGGGCUCCAAAAGGGCUGUUGCUUGCAGCAACGGUGACGUGCCUGCUGUUGCUACUGCUUUUGGAUUCCGCCAUGGCCAAGGGCAAUGGCCACGCGUUCAGAUCCGGCCCCUUGAGCAGUGCGUUUCGCCUCUACACUCCGCGGCCAUCUUCUUUCCGUCGCGUCAAGUUCCCCAAUUUCCAGUCCACUGACCUGCUCCACCUAUUCGGCUCGGCCGCCUCAUACCACCGCAAGGCCGUGCGCCUCACCUCCGCGGAGCACUCCGCGGGCGCGGCCAUUCUCCGCACGCCCAUCGUCCUCCUCGACCGCCCGGGCAACUCCGCCAACAGCUCCACCUGUCGUGCGCUCGCCUGGAGCUCCAUCUUCGACUUCCGCGUGAGCGGGCCCGCGGACGGCUUCGCCAUGGUGCUCUGGCCGCGCUUGCGCAACCUGGGCUCCGCGGACGGGUAUAUGGGGUACGCGGGGGACGUGCGCUACCGCCGCUCGCGCGCGCUGGCGAUAGAGUUCGACACGUACCAUAACACGUGGGACCCGAAGCCCAGUUACAGCGCCAAUGGCGCUGAUGGCGGUUCUAGGGGCGCGCUCGUGGCGAGCCACGUGGGGAUUAACCUGCGCAACUCCGCCAGGUCCCUCUCCGCGGAGACGCUCGUUGCGCCGCUAAACGACACCAAAAUCUGGCGCGCGUGGGUGAUCUACAACGGGCUCGACCUCGCGGUGUACGUGGGGCGCGGGCGCAAGCGGCCGCGGCGGGCGGUGAUGCGCGGAAGGAUGAACCUGUGCGCGGUGCUGAAGAAGCCCGGGUUCUUCGUGGGGUUCACCGCGUCGUCCGCAGGCUCCCCCGCCGUGCACGACAUCCUCAGCUGGACCUUCUCAGUCUCUCGUGAGUUCGGUCUGUUCUUGCUGGGGGUUUGUGCUUGCUUCGCGUGGUCUGUCCGCAACAGGCGUUCACAGGUGAGAAGAGCAUAA